AUGGAUGCAGAAUGGACAGCCUCGGCGCUGUUCUCCCCAUCAAAGGCGCGCGUACAGCAAGCACAGGCCAAGGACUGGGCGGCCGUGGAGGCAUGGAUAUCGAAGAAAUAUGGCUCACGCAUACCACCUUUUGAGCGAAACGAAGACACUUUGCAAGCGCUCUUGGCCCUAGCCAACUUGAACGAGAACGCCGAUGAGCAGCGGAGUCAAGUCGAGCGGAUCGAGAAGGCAGCGCUCGCGAGUCUGACUCGUAAGCAGGGCGGUCUCCACGAAGAGGCGUUGCAAAUGCUUCAGGCCGAACUGUCUCACGAGGCUCAUCUCGAUACGCUGGCUGAGACCGUAGUCGCUCUGGAUUGCCCGAGCACCAAUACACAGGACGUUGCUCGCCACAUAAUCCUGCUCAAUACGACGGAGUUUCAACUGCGGCAGCAACUUUCCCAGGCCGAACAGCAAUUGGCAAAUCUGAAAUUAGAAUCCCAGCGCAUGCACAAUCUGGCCAAGGAUUUGGCGAACCCAGACUUCGAAGCUCCAACCGACGUUGUAGACAAUACGACUGAGUGGGUUAAAACCACCAAAACCCUCAAAGCCAAGGUCGCCGAAUAUGACGAGAGAUUGAGCGCUUCGCGCCCGUCAUCUUCGUCGAAUGCACUCGAGCAUGUUGAUCGCAAAAAAUUAGAGCUGGAGAAGCAGCAACAACGACUGAGAGACUUGGAAAUGGAACUGAAGGCCUUUCAAGAGCUGCCCACUGAUGCAAGGCUGGCUCGUGCUAAACUGGAAGAAGCUCGCCGACAUCUGAGACAGCUUACUACACGAAGGAAUGAGCUGUUCGAGAACCUCGCUGACAGCAGGUAA